AUGUCAUCUACCGAAAAGGAACACAAGGACAGCAACCCGGAGAAAGAAGGAGAAGAGUCAGGAGGAUUCAUCGACAAGGUUAAGGAUUUUAUUCAUGAUAUUGGUGAGAAGAUCGAAGGAGCGAUAGGAUUUGGAAAGCCGACGGCAGAUGUGACUGCAAUUCACAUCCCUACAAUCAAUCUGGAGAAGGCUGACAUUGUCGUGGACGUCCUCGUGACAAACCCUAAUCCGAUUCCGAUCCCUCUUAUAGAUAUCAAUUACUUGGUGGAAAGUGAUGGGAGGAAGCUGGUCUCAGGAUUGAUCCCUGAUGCAGGCACAAUCCAGGCCCAUGGCUCAGAGACUGUCAAUAUUCCUCUCACCCUGGUAUAUGCCGAUAUCAAAGACACCUACGACGAUAUUAAGCCUGGAAGCGUCAUUCCUUACAGGAUCAAGGUCGAUCUAAUUGUCGACGUACCCAUUUUUGGAAGACUCACUCUGCCGCUCGAGAAGACCGGGGAGAUUCCUAUCCCUUACAAGCCGGACGUUGACAUCGAGAAGAUUCAGUUUGAGAAGUUUUCCUUUGAAGAAACUACGGCAAUCCUGCAUCUGAAACUGGGGAACAAGAACGAGUUCGACCUGGGGCUCAACGCCUUGAAAUCUGAGAUCUGGCUCUCUGACGAGAGCAUUGGGAGCGCGGAGCUCAUUGAACCUACCAAGAUCGACAAAAAUGGGUUCGGCUUCACCAAGAUUCCGGUCACCUUCAGGCCCAAAGACUUUGGCUCUGCCCUCUGGGACAUGAUCAGGGGCAGAGGCACUGGCUAUGCCAUAAAGGGAAUGAUCGACGUCGACACCCCGUUCGGCCCCAUGAAGCUUCCCAUCGUCAAGGAGGGCGGCACCACCAAGCUUAAGAAAGAAGGCGAUGACGAAGAAGAGGUACGCUGA